AUGCGAGAAAUCUUCUAUCUUUUAUUCAUUUUCCUCAAUUUUUCCCUGUUUUUAUAUAUUUUUUGGGCGGCUGGUCCAACAAUUCCUGGCUUAAAAUGGCCUGCGAAUUUUGAGGAACUUCGAAAUUUGGCAAGUGAACUACAGAAAGUUCGGGAAAAUCAUCAUUUUUAUAUUUUGUCGUUGUUUUCGUUGAUUUAUAUUUAUAAACAAUGCUUUGCGAUUCCUGGAUCAUUUUUCAUGGUGGGUUUUUGAAUUUCUAGGCUAUUCAGAAGACUUAUUUUCUCUUCCAGAAUCUUCUAGCCGGCGCGAUUUUUGGAUUUUUUGAGGCAAUCUUCUUGGUACCUAUUUUGAACACCAUUGGAGCAUCUUUGUGCUUCAUUUUAUCUCGAUUUUUUGCAAAACCGAUAAUUGAGCGAUUUUUGCAAGAGAGGAUUGGGAUUUUGAAGAAAAAAGUGAGAAAAUUUGGAUUUUCACACCAAUAACUCAAAAUCAAAAUUACCUAUUCCAGAUUUCUUCAAAUCGCCAUCGUCUUUGGAUAUUUCUCCUGUCAGCUCGUUUAUUUCCAUUCACUCCACAUUGGUUUCUCAACAUCUCCAGUCCAUUUCUCGAAAUUCCCUUGAUUUUCCACAUUACCACCAUUUUUCUCGGUUGUUUUCCGUAUAAUUUUGUUUGUGUUUCGAGCGGAACUGCGAUUUCACAAAUCGAUUCAACUAGUGAUGUAUUUUCAUUUGAUAUUUUAUUGAAACUUAUAGGAUUUUCGCUGAUUUUUAUGGGUUUUGCUUGGUUUUCGAGAAAGAAAGCCGGGGAAAUUGUUGAAAAAUAA